AGGAUCCCUCUGAUCCGACUACGAAAUCCAUGGGGUGAAGUGGAGUGGAACGGCCGCUGGAGUGACAACUCCCCGAUGUGGUCACUGCUGGACAAAGGGCUGAAGGAUAAACUUCAUGUGAAUCGUGUGGAUGGUGAAUUUUGGAUGCAAAUGGAUGACUUUAUGCGCUAUUUUGACACUCUGGAAAUCUGUAGUCUGACACCAGACUCAGCCGAUAGCAAUACCCCCAAGCCAUGGAAAGACAACUGCUUUAAUGGCAAAUGGGUGAGAGGGCACAAUGCUGGGGGCUGCCGAAAUCACAAAGGU